GUCUCCGGAAGUACAGUACUUUUUUUGGUUCACAGGAAAAGGAAAAAAAAACUGCUGUUAGGAAACAAAACAGCAAAAAUGCCUGCCCCUAAAAGACACAAGUCUUUUCAGGAUCCUCAAGCGAAGAGAAGAAUGGUGGAGCAGAAUGAAGUUGCCAUGCCAUCCAACAAAAUGACACCAGCCUCUGCAUCGUCAAGCAACCCCCAAAGAGAAGCACCUUUGCGAAGAAGGAAUAAGAAAAAGCCCCCUGCAGAACUAAAAGAGGGAAAUAAACCUGCAGGGUCCAGCCUCCAUUCCUCCAAGACAAAAUCCACCCAAAAGGCCAGGACUAGGACCAAGUUCAAUCCACCUGUAAAGAACGCCAAGCUGCUGAAAGCCACAAGUGCCUCCUCAAAGAAUCCCAACUCUAAAGGAACCCUAAAAAGACCAGCCAAGAUCUUCAAAACUGCUUCCACAGAGUCUGAUGAGGAGCUUAUCAGAACUCAUAAACCCCAUUGCAUCAGAAAAUACUCUAAUGGGGAUAGAGGUAAGCGUAAAGGGUCACAGUCUAACCUGAAUGAAGAAGUAUUGCUCUCAGACCCUGUGCAGAGGGAUCACAAUUAUGGUAUACCCUCUGCGUCUUGUGGUAGUCAUUCUGAAAUUGAGGAAAAUAAAAGGAAAAGAGUCAGAGAGUCCACCGGAGGCCCAGAGACCCAGAGAGAUGUGAAGAUGGAAACUCAAAUAUCUUCAGAACCCUUACCUGAACAAUCUGGACAGAUGAAGUGGAGCAUUGAGACACAUGAGGUGCAGGAUAAUUCCAUUACCACCCCAACAGAUGAAGUUAGUGAGAGUUUUGAGACCAAGCCUGACACACAAAUGUAUCCUUCAGCAUCCCCUGAAAAAGCUUUAGACCCUAUCCAUAAGCAGGUGAACCAGAAUAAUUCGAUUACCACCCCAAAAGAUGAAGUUAGUGAGAGUUUUGAGACCAAGACUGACACACAAAUGUAUCCUUCAGCAUCCCCUGAGAAAGCUUCAGACCCUAUCCAUAAGCAGGUGAACCAGAAUAAUUACAUUACCACCCCAACAGAUGAAGUUAGUGAGAGUUUUGAGACCAAGCCUGACACACAAAUGUAUCCUUCAGCAUCCCCUGAGAAAGCUUCAGACCCCAUCCAUAAGCAGGUGAACCAGAAUAAUUCCAUGACUACCCCAACAGAUGAACUUAGUGAGAGUUUUGAGACCAAGCCUGACACAAAAAUGUCUCCUCCAGCAUCCCCUGAAAAAGCUUCAGACCCCAUCCAUAAGCAGGUGAACCAGAAUAAUUCCAUGACUACCCCAACAGAUGAAGUUAGUGAGAGUUUUGAGACCAAGCCUGACACAAAAAUGUCUCCUCCAGCAUCCCCUGAAAAAGCUUCAGACCCCAUCCAUAAGCAGGUGAACCAGAAUAAUUCCACGACUACCCCAACAGAUGAAGUUAUUGAGAGUUUUGAGACCAAGACUGACACAAAAAUGUCUCCUCCAGCAUCCUCUGAAAAAGCUUCAGACCCCAUCCAUAAGCACCAAAGUAGUGAGAAACAUGAGGAGCAGAACGAUUCCGUGACCAUCCCUACAUAUCAAGUUAAUGAGAGUAUAGAGAGCAAGAUUGAUGCAUAUAAGAAGUCUGCAGACCCCAUACCUGAACUACUGAAACAGAGCACUGAGACACAGGAUAUGCAGGAAAAUUCCAUGACCACCCAUACAGAUAAAGUUAAUGAACAUUUACAGGCUAAGGUCGGUGCAAAAAUAUUGUCUCCUCCAGCCAUAGGCUUAGUAGCAUAUAGUAGCAGUAGUGAUUCUGAAUGUGAAAGUGAGGGAAAUGACAGGACGGGAAUCACAGAGUCAAUAGAUGUGAAGAUGAAAACUCAAGCAUCUUCAGAGAAGGCUUCAGACCCUGUCCCUGAACAGGUGAAGGAGAGCAGUGAGACGAGGCAGAUGCAGGAGGAUUCCAUGACCACCCCUACAUAUGAAGUUGCCGAGGAUUCCAUGACCUCCCCUACAUAUGAAGUUACCGAGGAUUCCAUGACCUCCCCUACAUAUGAAGUUACCGAGGAUUCCAUGACCACCCCUAGUGAGAGUGUAGACACCAAGCUUGAUGCAAAUAUAAAGCCUCCAUCUAUAGAAGUAUAUUCAGAGGAGACUUCAGACCCUGUCCCUGAACAGGUGAAUCCUGAACAGGUGAAUCAGCUAUACAUUGAAAUAGAGAAGGUGCAGGAAGAUUCCAUGACCACCCCAACAGAUGAAGUAAGUGAACGUUUAGAUGGCACGCUUGAUGCAGAAAUAAUGUCCCUUCCACCUUUAGAAGCAUCCUCUGAGGAGACCCAUACAUUUGAAGUUAGUGAGAGUGUAGAGACCAAGUGUUCAGAACUUGCACCUGAACAUGUGACACAGAGCACUGAGACACAGGAGAUGCAGGGAGAUUCCGCGCAAGCCCAUGCAGAUCAAGUAAGUGAGAGUGUAGACACCAAGCUUGAUAUCGAAGUAAAUUCUCCUCCACCUGUAGAACUAUCCUCUGAGGAGACUUCAGACAUUGUCUCUGUCUCAGAACAGGUGCUGCAGAGCAGUGAGACACAGGAAGUCCAGGAAGAUUCCAUGACCACCCCUACAGAUGAACUUAGGGAAAGUUUAGGAACAAAGUCGGGUGCUAAAUUAAAUUCUCCACCCCUAGAGGUGCUUUUCAGUGCUCUAAAGGAGUCCAGUCUUUGCAAACAUCCCCUGUCUCAUACGAUGCGCUCAAAUGUCAAAGAGUUUCUGGAAGAAGAGGAUUCUUUAGAAAUCACAAAAAAAGACUGUGACUUUGGUGUAACAGAGAGCAUUGAGUGUACUUUAGACCUGGAGACCCCGAUUAUUGUUGAGGAUAUGGAGAUCGGCCACUGUGUUGUGGAGGUGGUGGGAGAGAAUGGAGAUGAGGUGGAUAGUGAUCUGGAAAUCAUAGACAACUCUGAGAGGCCAGAGAAGACACUUGAGCUAACCAAAGGGUUUGAAGAUGAGUGCAGUGUGGAUAAAAGUGAAGAUGGUAUUGAAAAGAAAAGCACAAGUUCCUCUAACCAAGACAGCACAAAUUGUGGGAAGAAGGAAGCUACUAAAAAAACACAGGGUAGCCUGGAAAAACCCAAGAAACAGCAGAUGAACCCUCAGGCCCGGACCAAAGCCCGACUAGCAGCACUAGCUGAGCAAAAGGCAGCUGCCUCUAAAAAAGCGAGCAGGCAGCUCAACCUCCUGGCCCUAUGUGAAGAAAUAGCAGAUGAUAUCGCCACUGACACAAUGUUAAUAAAGACGAAGGAGGAGGAGGAGCAGGUUGUAACAGUUAAGGCUGAACCCAGCAAGGAGCCAGAAUGCACACCGCCUGUCACACAGGCUGAGACUGUUCCUAUACCUCCAACUCCUGCCGGGCCCGAGGAACCCUCUCCAGCAGUAGAACCCUCCGCUGAGGAGCCUGCUCCAGCCAAGCCCCCAGCUCCAGAGCCACCUCAGAGGCGUUUCUUCAUCAGCCAAGUGACGGUACCCCUCAAAAUCCACGAGAAGAAGAAGCUUACCAGGUUCCAGAGGCUGCGGCAGGUGGAGCUGCAGCGGGAGAAGAAUAUGUCCUGGACCAUGGUGAAGAAGCUCAAGUCCGAUCAGAAGAUGAUUCCAGAGACUGAGACUAAACCUUCCCCUCCAGCAGCAGCACCUGUCCAAGUGACCACACCCCCACCACCCUCAGCCAGUCCAGUAGCACCCACAGUAGCUGCACUCUCCCCAACCAGUCCAGAAGUAACCCCAAAAGUUGAGCCCCCAAAAGUUGAGCCCCCCAAAGUGACCCCCAGUAAGGGACCCACCCUGAGAAAGAGGACGCUUCCAGCAGAACCCCCGCCGAUGCCCAACGGGCUGAAAGCUCAGAAGGCCAAGCCUGUGGUGGAGUAUAAGCCUUACAAAUCCAGGCCCAAGUACUCCUUUGAUGACUUUGAAUGUGAUGACGAGCCGAAACCCACAGUGCAGAAGGCAGCAGUGAGACCUACAGCCGUUCAGAGGGCAGCAGUGAGACCGACACCUACUACCAUUCAGAGGGCAGCAGUGACACAUACUACCAUUCAGAGGGCAGCAGGGAGAACUACACCUACCACCAUUCAGAGGGCAGCAGUGACACCUACACCAGAGGCCGAAAACGGCAAACACGAAGACUCAAAACCUACCGUGCAGAAGCCAGAAAACAGGGGUCAGAAAACAGUAGGACCUACCGCCCUGAAAACAGUAGGACCUACCGCCCUGAAAACAGUAGGACCUACCGCCCUGAAAACAGUAGGACCUACCGCGCCGAAAACAGGACAUAUCACACAGAAAACAGUAGGACCUACCGCGCAGAAUACAGUACCAACUGUACAGAAGGCUGUAGAGAUACCAACCCCUAUGUCCACAAAUGGUAAACAUGAGGACUCCAAACUUACUGUACAGAAUGCAGUAGUACCUACCGUACAGAAGGCAGACAUGCCUAGACCCAGUGUACAGAAGGCAGUGGUGGUACCUAUAUCUUCCCCCAAAAAUGAGCAGAAAGCAGAAGCACCACCUACGGCCAAAACUGGCAAAGAUGAGGAUUCCAUAGCACCAGUGUUCUCCCCUCCCUCUGAAGAGCCCCCAAGAGAUUCUGUUGACAAAGAGCAGUGUGAAGAAAAGCCUACGGUUACUGAGAUAAAACCCGCAUCCCCAGAGGUCAAGACGGAGGACAAGACAACAACAGAGAAUGCCUCUGACUUUGGGGUCGUUCAAUCAGCAGGUAAUGGCAGUCCCCUCUCUGACGAACGUCUGCAGAAAGAAAUCAAGAAACUAAAGGAGACCGACAAAGACGGAAAUCAAGCCAUUAUUGAUGCAGGGCAGAAGCACUUUGGCCCAGUAACCUGCAGUGUGUGUGGGAUGCUGUACUCCGCUGCCAACCCAGAGGAUGAAUCCCAGCAUUUGCUCUUCCACAACCAGUUCACCAGUGCUGUCAGAUAUGUGGGGUGGAAGAAGGAGAGGAUUUUGGGGGAGUACCCCGAUGGCAAGAUCAUCCUUGUCCUUCCAGAUGACCCCAAAUAUGCACUGAAGAAGGUUGAGGAGAUUAGAGAGAUGGUGGACAAUGACCUGGGCUUCCAGCAGGUUGAGACCAAGUGUCCCUCCCAGACUAAAACCUUCCUGUUUAUCUCCAAUGACAAGAAGGUAGCUGGGUGCCUUAUCGCUGAGCACAUUCAGGAGGGCUACAGGGUCAUCGAGGAGGCGGUGCCCGAGGGCUCGGAGGGAGAGAAGGUGAUGUUUGAGCGUCAGAGAGCCUGGUGCUGUUCCACCAACCCAGAGCCAGCCCUCUGUGGCAUCAGCCGCAUCUGGGUCUUCAGCAUGAUGAGACGGAGGGGCAUCGCCUCACGCAUGAUCGAGUGUCUCAGGAACAACUUCAUCUACGGCUCCUACUUGAGCAAGGAGGAGAUCGCUUUCUCCGACCCCACGCCCGACGGGAAGCUCUUUGCUACACACUACUGUGGCACCUCGCAGUUCCUGGUUUAUAACUUUGUCAGUGGAACUCGUUCAGACCAACCAAGCCCUAAUUUGGUGUAACCAUUCGCAUCAAGGUGGAUUUUUGCUGAGGCCAGGUGUGACUCCUCACCAACCAACCAAUCUUGUCGUGGACAUCCUGUCACAAGCACAUUGUGGCUCUUUUAGACUGAACGUUUAGACUCAUCAAAGACUACUGUACUGACUCUUCUGAGGGGAAAUCUUGGUUUUUAAUCUCAGGUUGAAAACAACAAGGUGUUGUUUAAAAGAUUUAAAAUCUCCCUUUAAUCCCUGCAUAGUAUUUUGAGACAAAUAAUAUUUUUAUUUAUGUUUUUUAAAUAAGAAACAAGCUUUUAUUGGCAGUAUUAAAGAGUUUACAUGCAUUAAGCUUGACAGCAAUAGAAAACAAAGAGCAUUUCACAAUUCAUAGUUUAUGAAGAUACACUUCAUUUUACUCAAACGGUUCUAAAACAAUGUCCUGUUCUAAUAAUGCUUUUCAUUCAUGUUGAGCAUCUUAAAACGGUUAGAAGUUGCUAAUAUUAAGAUGAGUUGUCGUGUACACAAGGGGUUGUUCUUACACACUUCCAUGUUCAUCAUCUCUUUACUUUUAAUGAAGGGAUGCGUUGACAACCUGAGGUUCCAUUAUGUGAUACAGAGUUAAUUAUUGUUAAGGUCACUCUCUCAGAAUUUAUCAGAAUGUGGUUGUUUGAUUCUGUUGAGUGAAGUUUUUACUCACCAUUUUCUUCACAUCAUGAUUGUGCUCAGUCUUGCUGCCAUGUGCCCUAAUCAUGUUCAUUAUUAAAAUGGAGAGUCCUAUUUGGGAUAGUUAUCCUCCUUAGGCAGUAAGUAGCAUGGACUAGCAGGAAGAAUAACUGGGGUAAUAAUGGUUGGAUUUCUGUAUGGGGCAUUAUUCUGUAGUGCUUCUAGUCAAGGCUCUUUACCCAAGUUGCCUCAGAAAUAUAUCUAACUGCAGAAAUGUUAAAUGUGAGCUGUGAUAUAAGUGAAUUGGCAAGGCAGUGAGCAAUCGCUCGUUUCUGCCUGUGUAUGUUUGUGCCUACUGUGAAUCAUAAACCUCAACCUGACUGUUAGAUUUCACUGACAGACUGAUCGUACUGUAGACUCCCUCAAAUGUUCUCGUCCAAACUGCCCUUAUUUGAGCCCCCCCUGAAAUCACAAUUUUUAAUAAUUGACCAUUUCUUCUAUUGGCAGAAAGUUUUAUUCACAUUUAGGACCUCAUUGAUAAUACAUUAAGAUUUAAAAGUAAAUCACGUAAUAUGAAUAAUAUAAAUAAUGCCGUUGAAAGGGUUUAAAAGCUCAGGGUUAUUUGGUUUUUGAGGGAGUUGAAAACACCAUCCAUGUCAAAGGUGAUUAUCACAGCAAACCAAGGGACAGUUGCUCAGCCAUCAAAAAGUGUUGCGAGUCAUACAUUUUCUGGUAUCAAUGAUUUAUUCAUCACAUUGCCCUUCAUUUUGAAACAUUUUCUUUUAGAAAUAUUGUGGGUCGUGUAAGACAACACAUUUGAUUUAUAAAGAGCUGUCAUGUAAAUAGUUAUUUAAAAAUAAAAAAAACUAUCCUGCCCUGCUAUGGUUGAAUUGAUUUAAGUUGACGUGUCUCACAGCUCAGUGUUUUGAGCAUGAAUGUAGCAUUCAUAAUGUGAUAACCUUCACAAGUUAAGCUUCAUGGAUACAUAUCACGACUUAGAAUAGGUUGGGUGAUGACGGCUUAUUCUACCACCUAGUGGACAUAGUACAUGCCAACAUGUUUUAUUUGUACCAGUGGUGGCCAGUACAGACAAAGACCAAUGUUACCAUGAAGUUGAGUUGUUUGGCAUCUUAUCAUUCAUGGUGCCUCUAUUUGACAGACAGGUUUCUAUCCGUCUUGCUGUUGAAUGUUCUAAUUAGAGCCAGUCAUUGCCGCCACAGCAUGAAUGGGUGGGUGUUCUAUUACUGUCAAUCCCAUGUAUUAGAGUAGUCAGUCACACAUUUCCCUGUGAGUUUCAUAUCAGCUCUCUGAGACUGGCUGAUGCUAGUACAGAAAAUAAUCGAACUCAAUGGAUCUGACCAGGCCACCGUCUCAACUGAAAGGGAUUUUGUCUAACUUCAAUAUGUUAGUCUAUCUUAAAUCUGGCCACCAUGCUCUCAUUCUGUGUCUUUGUAGAUGGAUUGAUGUAAACACUCUCUCCUGUUAGUGCAUUCCUCGCCUCUCCUGUCACAACACCGGGUCUGCUCCAUGGUUACUUCAGAGAAACAAAAGGACCUUAGAACAACAUGGAUACAUCCUCAGGAGGAGGGCGUGACAAAACACUGAGCUACGUUGAUCCUCAGAGCUGCUCUGAUACUGAUCAGGAAAAAUGCUGGAAACGAAUGGACAUUUAUGACAAAAGAUUUUACAGGCAAGCAGUAAGUCUGAAAAGAUCAAAACCAGGAGGUCAGUCUCCAUUACAGCAUAAUUAAUGACUACUUCCAAACACUAUAGAGAAAAUGAUUUCCUCAAAUGCAGGGUCUGCUGAUGAGCCAUUAAACAUGAACACCCACAAAAUCAGUAUAUUCACAGAAAAUUUAAAUCUACAGUAGAUGAUCCAUUUACAGGUGCAUUUACUAUACUCGUCAGCCUGUGGCUACAAUGACCAAGGAAAAUAGACAAACACAGGGUAGACGAAACAGGUAUAGAUUGUUUUGCUUUAUUGACAUUGUUUUGCUUUAUUGAAACACUCAACAGAACAAUAAAUCACAGCUGCCAGAAAUGUAGAAAGGUC